AUGACGUAUUUUGACCCGAGGAAAGAAACUGAACUCUGGGUAGACGGCAGCCCAGUAGGCUGUUCAGGAAUACUUAUUCAGAAAGGAAAAAUAGUGUCGUAUGGAAGCAAAGCUUACAAUUCAGUACAAGCGCGCUAUUCGCAAACAGAGAGAGAAGCUUUAAGUGCUGUUAUCAUGAUUCAACAUUUUGAUUUGUACUUAUUCGGCAAGCAAUUCAAAUUGAUAACGGAUCACGCUGCACUUCAAUCAAUUUUCAACAACGUAAAGAAUAUACAGUCACCAAGAUUAGAACGUUGGCGUUUGAAGUUGUUAACGUAUGAUUUCCAGACGAUUUAUAGACCAGGUAGUUUAAUGAUCUCAGAUUAUCUUUCCAGACAUCCGCACGCGAGACACGCGACCAACACAGUAGCCGAACAAUAUAUCAGUUUUAUCACUGAUAACACUUUGCCAGAUGCAUUGAAGCUAUCAGACGUAGCAAAAGCUACUAAAUCAGACUGUGUAUUAAGUUGUGUCAAGAAUGCAAUAGAAACAAAUGACUGGAAAAAUCAGAAAUGCCAAUCCGAUGAAAGUUUUCGUUUAUACGAAAAUUUAAACAAGAAUCAAGAACUUGCAGUUGCAUAUACCGAUGAAGGAUAUGUGUUGUUACGGGGUACACACCUUUGUAUACCAGAAACUUUGCAAAAACAAACAGUGUUACUUUCGCACGAGGGUCACCAAGGCCAAUCAAAGUGCAUAGGAUUACUUCGGGAAUAUUGUUGGUUCCCGCAUAUGGAUAAAAUGGUUGAAGAAGCAUGCAAAUCAUGCAUUGUGUGCCAAGCUGCAUCACCAGGAUGUACUCCAGAUCCGAUAAAACCAACACCUCUGCCACGAGAUGUGUUUUCUGAAGUCAGUUGUGACUUUUGUGGACCAUUCCCGGACGGGUACCUGUUAUUAGUAGUAAUAUGCGAUUAUAGUCGUUUUCCAGUAGUUGAGAGAGUCAGGUCAACAUCCGCAGAAACUGUCAUACCGCGUUUGGAAUCAAUAUUUUCGAUAUUUGAAUAUCCAGACGUAUUGAGAACGGACAAUGGACCUCCAUUUCAGAGUCGUACUUUCAGAGAAUAUGCUGAUAAGUCGGAAUUUAAACAUAAACGAAUUACUCCAUUGCAACCACAAGGAAAUGCAAUAGUCGAGCGAUUCAUGGCACCAUUGCAAAAAUCAGUCAAAACCGCAAUAGCAUCAGGUCAAGAUUAUAAGAGAGCGUUGAAUAGAUAUCUAAUGAAUUUUCGCAAUUCGCCACAAUCUUCAACACAAAAAGCUCCUAGUGAAUUAAUGUACAAUCGGAAAGUAAAAACGAAAUUACCAUCAAUGACAUUUGAAAAGCAAGACACAGAUGUUCGCGACAGGGACAGUCUGUCAAAAUCGAAAAACAAAAUUUAUGCGGACAAAAACAGAAGAGCACAGCCAAGUGCAUUGAAAAUUGGAGACCGUGUGUUACUAAAACGGGAACAACGUAACAAAUUUGAGACAAUGUUUGACCCUACACCUGGCAUUGUCAUUGCUAGGAAAGGUUCGAUGCUAACAAUCAAGCACAGAGGAAAGGAAAUUACACGAGACGUGUCAAAGUUCAGGGUAGUUCAAGGUGGUCAUGAGCCGGCGCAGACGAAACCUGCAGAUACUGCAUUUGCACCACGUCAAAGGCCGCAAAGGAAACGACGACCGCCUAGACGUUUUGUCAAUGAAUAA